GAACGUCAGCCUAAAAGCUUGUCACUGUUUAGGCAUCACUGAUCUGGAGGAGGUGUCGCAGUUCCUGAAGGAGGGCAUCAUCAUGAAGGACUUCAGCCACCCCAAUGUCCUCUCUCUGCUGGGAAUCUGUCUGCCACCAGAGGGCUCCCCACUGGUGGUCCUGCCCUACAUGAAGCACGGCGACCUGCGCAACUUCAUCCGUGAUGAGGCUCACAACCCGACAGUCAAAGAUCUGAUGGGGUUCGGGCUGCAGGUGGCCAGAGGGAUGGAGUAUCUGGCCAGCAAGAAGUUUGUCCACAGAGACCUGGCCGCCAGAAACUGCAUGUAG